UCUCUUCGGGUGCUCGCCAUGUCAGUUUCUCAAGGAUUGAGGUGGUCGGCUCGACAGAUAAGCAAUGGCCGCCCAAGGCUGACAGGUUUUCGUCCGCAAGAAGUGCGAUAUUUCUCAGUCAACGCUUCUCGGAGCUCGCUCUCUUCCCUGAGAACAUUUCGCGGCGCGAAUUCUGCCAGAUCAUGUCUGACGCAACAGUCUCGGUCAAUAUCGUUGUUCGGCUGGGGCGCCGAUAAAUCAUCCAGCGACGCGGCAGCAGCAGCAACGUCCUCGGAAAGUACCUCAGAGACGACACAGAAACUAUUUGAGCCGACACGAACGGUUAAAGCCACCCAUGGCACUGCAGACGCCCCCGAUCCUACCUUCAGACAUCCGCACCCUGUGAGCGAUGUUGAGCCAGAAGCACUACGCAAUCUGGAAAAUCAGAUCCUUAAACCUCAUGGCCCAACUCCCGCAUCAGAACUGGCUGGGGAGACCCCAGACCUGGCUGCAAUACCGGAAGAUAUUGGUUAUUUAAAAGAUGUGUGUGGGCUUGAUUUUGGCUGGGGUCCGACGUCCAUCCUCGAGUUCUGUCUGGAACAUCUUCAUAUCACAGCGGGGCUAUCAUGGUCUGCAUCCAUUGUGGCUAUGGCCGUUCUGAUGCGUUCGGCGAUCUUUCCCGCCGCAGCAGGUGCAGCAGAGCAGGGCACGAGAAUGAAGUUGGUACAACCGGCAGUAACGGAGAUCCGUGCGAGAAUGCAAGAAGGUCUUCGGGACAACAACAAGCAGGCCGCUAUGGAAGCGUCGCAGCAAAUUCGAGAACUACACAAAGAAUAUGGUGUUUCCCUUCCGAAGGCGUUCAUUCCCAUACUGCUUCAAAUUCCGCUGCAGUUUGGUGCAUUCCGCCUCCUACGAGACGCAGCAGCGGUGCCCGUUCCGGCAUUCGAGAGCCAACAGUGGCUGUGGGUGAAUGACCUCUCAGUAGCUGACCCAACAUACGUGCUACCCGUGGCCGUUGGCGCGCUGACUUAUUUCAACAUGGUGGCCACCUCCAAGCAACAAGCAAAUCCGCCUCCGCUCCUCAAAGCACUCCAAAAGGUCUUGCCAUUUAUUUCGUUUGGCUUUCUAUCCUUUCAAUCAGCAGCGGUUCAGAUAUUCUUCUUAGUCAACGGCAUUUUCACUCAGGCGCAAAUCACCGCAAUCAACAAUCCCGGUUUCAGGCGGUGGCGAGGGAUGACGCCUCUACCUCCUCGAGGUUCCCCGUCUGGGCCCUCCGCAAACUCUACACCAUUUUCGAAGAUGAAUCUUGGUCAGGCAGCUCCCAAGGCGUCGGUGGCUGCCACAACAGAACCGUUGUCGUCUGGUGAACGGAGUUUCAUCGACAAGGGUGUGGACACUGUCAAAGCACAAGGCAAACAGGUAUGGAACAACGCCUUUGGCGAUGUUGGUGCCGCCUGGAAAAAGAAGGCGCAGGAGAAACAAGAACAGGCAAAGUUGGAGAGCAAAAAGACCACGGCUGCCAAAUAUGAAGCUCAACGGCGACAAGACCUAGAGCAGGAGAGAUCGUACAGGAAUGCUGCCGCCGGCACUGUUCGCAUUAAGAGGGGGUCCAGUGCGCCGCUGGCUUCGAGAGAACGGCAAUCGGAGUAAAAGGAGGUCAAUGUAUCGAAUAUUGUGAAACGAAAGUGUCGUUUCCCGAUCUCUCGCACAUUCCUUCGGCCAGCAGUGUUAUAUUAUCGCAACUUCCAGUUGGACGUACUGUAUUGUGCAUAGACAGCAGAGAAGGGCGGAUUCUGGGCCUUCACCGAGGUUUGGGGACUAUUAUCGUGCGCGCACUUUGCGAUUCCCAGGCGAUGACCACCGAGGAAGGAAUGAUACCACGGGUCACCUGGCUGCUUCUGUAUAACCAACACAACAAGACAAAGGGCCACGCUUCCGGCGUAUACUAGUACAAGUAGUGUAUAAAUAGUGUACAGGCUCGAUCGUGUUACUCCGUACGUUUGUACGGGAUCCGAGUCAUGUAAAUAUGUGUUUGUGUGUUGGAUCAUCAAAGCAUCUCAACUUCUCUAGUCUAGAUCAGAACACGCGAC